GAUUAUGUGAUCUACCUGUUACAUUACAGUUCUACAGAUGGAGGAAAGAUGUAAAUAUAGAGCGGUGUUUUCAUCGACUUUAAAUAAAUUUAAAGAUUAAAUUUAGGCAUUUAGUGCGCACAAAUUAAAUUGGUCUCAAGUUAUAUACUAUUGCAAUUUAAUUUAAGUAGCAAAGAUAAAUAUUAUAUGACAUACAGUGUGUAUUGUGCUACUAAACACGUGAUACUUCGCACUUAAACACGUAUAGGUUAAGAUAAGUUAAUGAUCGUGCGAAAUAAAGAUUCUAUUAUAUUUCCUGUGUAUGGAAAAAUACGUUGACUAGAAAUUUAUUUUUUAUGAAACAAGAGAGAUUUAGAAAUAAUAUAAAAUUUAUCAAGAAUAUGGCCAGAUCAAUUGUACAGCGAGUGAUUAUAAAUCUCCUGCUGAAACGUCAGCCUCACCUGCAACUUUUGAAGCUUGCUGUGCCAUCACAUUUGCCAGUUAGAUUUAUUUCACAAAACAAAUUACUGUGCAAAGAUGUGGAUUUAUUGGGGGAUCAUACUUGCGAAAUAUCAAAUUACAAUGCGUAUGUAAUAAAUUACAAGCCUAUCAUACGAAUUAUGGUGCAAACUCUUAAAGAAAUAUUGGACACAACAACAGCUGAGACUAACAAAAUUAUCGCAGACAAUCCUCAACUUAAAAAGAGAACCAGAGCAAAUGUUUUGAACAAUUAUUACAAUCUCAUAGACGCUGGUGUGCAGAAAAGUAUUAUUGUGAAGAAUGCCUGGUUAUUGGCACAUGAAAACAAUAAACUCAAAGAUAAGCUCGAUUGUAUUAAAGUACUUAAUAUGAACAAUGAUCAACUUAUACCAUGGUUACGUUUGACUCAAGAGGAAUUAGCAAAUUUUGUAUUUUAUACGCAAAAUGAUAUGGGUUCUUAUACUUACAACAAGAUUGAACAUCUUGCUCAUAGAUUAGAGUGUAGCAUAGAAAAAUUAUGCGAAUUAACAGUACGGUAUACUUUUUUAUUGAAAAUUCCAAUUUCUUACAUAGACAAAAAGUUGAAUAUAUUACAUGAAUAUGAUGUAAAUAACAAGCAUAUAUUGAAAGAUUUAUGGGUACUUCGAUACAGUGAAAAUCAUAUACGUCACAGAUGUGAAUUGUAUAAAGAUACAGGAAAUUUAGAGGUAAAAACAUGGGCUAUAAGAUGUCCCCUUAGAGUUAUAGCAAGAGCAAUUCAAAGGAAUAAUGUGGAACGCGGUUUAAUGAGGAAUCAUUCGAGUGUUAGCGAAUUUUUGAUGAGUAAAUUAAUGGUCGAUGAAGAAACGCUCAACCUUGCGAUCACGAAAUCGCCGGGUAUUUUACGGGUGAACUUAUCGAAAUUGAAUCGGCUAAUUAACAUAUUACACCAAAAUGGAAUUACUAGCGAUGAGAUAUUACGACAUAUACGAAUUUUUUAUUUCAACGUAGAAACUGUACAGAACCGAAUUGAACGUUUGAAGAAAGAACGUCUUGUUCCGAGACUUGCUGUGCUGGCAUUAGCUGAGCAGUCCUUUGAACGACAUAUAGAAAAAAGUCAUCUACAACGAGAAGUAUUGCAAGAUCAUCAAGAUAUUAAAGAAUAUUUAAUCAAUAAAUUAAACGUCGAUGAAAAACUCCUUGAAGAAGCGAUUGCAAAAUGGCCGACCAUCCUACGGGUAAACGUACAAAAAAUAAAUCAAUUGGUUGAUUUACUACAACGGAAUGGCAUAAUGGGUGAUGAAAUAUUACGUCAUGCACGAGUUUUUUAUUUCAAUACGGAAACUCUACGAAAACGGAUUGAAAUGUUAAAAGAAGUCGGCCUGCCACCAAAGGUCACUGUAAUAACAUAUUCUCAAAAAGACUUGGAUGAAUAUAUAAAACAUAAAUUACACAAAUAUGAAAAAUUUGAAAAAUAUUAGUUUGCACAAAAAUCAAUAUUAUAAUAAAUUUAUCCUUCUAAUUAACAAUUAUUUUUUUAUAAUAUGUAAGUUGACAUAAAAGCAGAAAUAUAUUCCGAGAUUUUAGACAGAGACGAAUUUAAUCAAGCGGGAAGAAUGAGAUAGCAAAGACCUGGUCGUCUGUGCUAUGUUAUUGAUACAAACCUUGUAUCGAAAGUUCGAUAUUGUGUUAAUAAUAUAGCAUACUUGCGUUUUUGUAUUAUCUGUAUCCUACUUUUUAUGUUCUGACAUUGAUUUUUAAUAGGUAAAUAAAUGCUGUCUAUCUUCUGUUGAGAAA